CACUUGGGCUGCUCCCAGUAUCUUGGUGAUUGUAAAUGCUGCAAGCAUCUAGCAUUUUUGUAAAGUUACUGAUUUUAAGAAAUUGUUGAAUCAGAUUUUAGUAAUAUAUGGCAUAAAAAUGGGGAAAAUGGUGUUGGGGAUAUUGCUCUCUAAUAAAUGUUAGUGUUAGAUUGUAACCCACUUACAUAACCUACUUUUUGAGUUAUAACAACAUAGUCCAGAGUAAUAGAAUUGCCCUGUAUUUUACAGGAUGAAUGAUUGAAUCCAGGCACUUGGCUGAUGUAUGUUGUGAUUAUUAUCAGAUAAUUGUGCAUAUUAAGUAUAGGAUAAACAAGGUGGAUGGUGAAGUAGAUCAUGCUAUAUCCAUAUUAUGAACCACAUAGCUAUUAAUAAGUUAGACUUAGGUUUGUAGACCUGGAGUUUAUGAUAUGGCUUUAGAGGAAAAUGUUACAGAAUAAUUUUAUGUAUUCAUAUAUCCAUUUUUGCUCAAAAGGAAGUGGAAGAAACCUCAAACCAUUGUAUAAACAUGUCUGUAUAAGCAAAGAUAAUCAAUCAGGGUAUAAACCAAAUAAUAUUAUUACCUUUAGGGGCAUGAGAUUUGGAAAGAUGGGGGCAGAUUACUUUUUUGUCUCUUUUAAAUUGUUAAGGCAAAACUUUAAACCCAAAACUACUAAUAGUUUUAGAGGACUAGGUCUGGCUCUUAGUUUCAGAACUGAUGACCAGCAGAAAACAGUUGAAUCAGCUUGAGUUUGUCUAUUGUUUCAAUGGAUGUUCACACUUGAUAAUCUCCUUAGGUAUGUAAGAUUGAUGCUCAAGUUGGUUAGAAUGUGUGGUUUGGUAUUUCUCUUUACUUUGCUAGUAAGCUUUUCCCUUGCUCUGGGAAUUAGUUCCUUUCCUCUUUAGUCCGGGCACAUUUGUUAAGGGAGGGCCCUAAUGAAAAGGCUAUUCUCUGAGGUCUUGAAGUGGAAAUGAUUGGUUCUGAAAAUUCUUCAGUGGCAUUUUCAACAAUUAUAAUUAUUGAAGGCUUAUGAAGGCUGUCUCAAUAUCUUCAUCCAAAAUGCUCCAGAAUAAUUUAGGCAACAGUUCAGGCUCUCAAAAUGAAGAUGGCUCUGUCUUUUCACAGGCUGAACACAAUAUUGUUGCAACUUACUUGAUUAUGGCAGGUACGAUAAGUAUUCUCAGCAACAUCAUAGUUCUGAGCAUCUUCAUCAAGUUCAAAGAGCUUCAGACACCCACAGGUGCAGUUAUCAUUAACCUGGCUGUCACAGAUAUAGGGGUCAGUAGCAUUGGCUACCCCAUGUCUGCUGCUUCCGAUCUGCAUGGAAGUUGGAAAUUUGGAUAUGCGGGGUGUCAGAUUUAUGCUGGCUUGAAUAUCUUUUUCGGAAUGGCAAGUAUUGGCUUACUCACGGUCGUGGCCUUGGAUCGAUACCUGACCAUUUGCCGACCUGAUGCAGGAAGAAGAGCGACCACACACACUUACCUCAGCAUGAUCCUGGGGGCCUGGGUCAAUGGCCUCUUCUGGGCUUUGAUGCCUAUCAUAGGGUGGGCUAGUUACGCCCCCGAUCCUACGGGUGCUACCUGUACCAUAAACUGGCGGAAAAAUGAUGUAUCUUUUGUUUCCUUCACCAUGACAGUCAUUGCGAUAAAUUUUCUUGUGCCCUUGACAGUGAUGUCCUACUGCUAUUACCAUGUUGCUCGAUCCAUUGCAUGUCGCACUGCUGGAAACUGCACUGACUUCCUUAGCAGAGACUGGUCAGACCAGGUAGCCGUAACGAAGAUGUCUGUGGUAAUGAUAGUCACGUUUCUGGUGGCAUGGUCCCCUUAUUCAGUCGUGUGCUUAUGGGCUUCUUUCGGUGACCCAAAGAGGAUCCCUCCCUCAAUGGCCAUCAUUGCUCCACUGUUUGCAAAAUCUUCUACAUUCUACAAUCCCUGUAUUUAUGUGGUUGCCAAUAAAAAGUUUCGGAGGGCGAUCUUUGCCAUGUUCAAAUGUCAAACCCAUCAAGCUGUGACAACUUUGGAUAUGCCUGUGACAACUUUUUUGCCAAUGGAUGUACCUCAAAACCCAUUGACUUCUGGAAGAAUCUGAAAAAA